AUGUAUGAAUUUCUUAAAAAUAUCCCUCGGGAUGAUGAAACUGCUGAAGAUGGUGAUGAAAGCGAAGAAGAAAAUGCUGAAGAUACAUUUAAUUACGACGAAUCGCAAAAAAUUAGACAAAAUAAUGGUAACAAUUACAUAAAAAGCGACGAAACUGACGAAACCGAGUAUUGGCUUCAGAAGUUGGUUAUUCCAGAUGGGGAUCGAGAUUUAGAAACAUUACUUGAGGACACAGAUGUAUGGAAUAUGUCUAGAGUUGAACGUAAACGUCUACACGAUCAUCUCCGUGAGGCAAUUCGUAAAGAAGUUAUCAUUGAUCUUGCAGAUUUUGAAAUGAAGCACACUGCAAAAAGAAAAGAAAUUGAAGACAUUAAUGAUGAAGGUCGUCGCGAAAUUCUAGAAAAUUGUCAAGUUAUUGGAUUAACGACAAGUGGAGCCGCGAAAUAUCAAUCUUUAAUUCGUUCUGUUGCUCCACGCAUAAUUAUCGUAGAAGAAGCAGGAGAAGUUUUAGAAGCUCACAUAUUAAGUGCGUUAACACCUUCUACGCAGCAUUUGAUCCUAAUCGGUGAUCAUCUGCAACUACGUCCGCAUAUUGCUACGUAUACAUUAUCUGUGGAUAGUCAACCUGGCGAAUAUUUCAUGUUAGAUAGGUCUUUGUUUGAACGUUUAGUAAACGAAGGUGUUACUAUGUCACAAUUAACUAUUCAAAGAAGAAUGAGACCAGAAAUUGCGGAUUUAAUUAGAGGAACCUUGUAUCCAAAGCUUACCGAUGGAACAAAUACAAGAGAGUAUCCUAAAGUUCGGGGAACUCCACAUAAUCUUUUUUUCAUUGAUCAUAGGCAUUCAGAAGAUGCUGCUGGUUCCAACCAAUUUGCACUUCAGUCUCACUCAAAUACAUUUGAAGUAGAAUUUGUCGUUGAACUAAUUCGAUACUUUGUUCGCAAUGGAUACGAUAAGCCGAAUGAUAUUGCUGUUUUAACUCCGUAUCUUGGACAAUUAAUCAAGUUAAGAGAUGCCUUACGUGAAUCAUUUGUUGUUGUUAUCGAUGAAAGAGAUAAUCAAGAUAUUACAGAACUUCUUGGUGAAGCAGAUCCAGAAUAUGAAAAUCCUAUUGGAACAGUGUCAAUUGCAGAGAAACGUUCAUUACAACGCCAAGUUACGUUGAAGACUGUGGAUAACUUCCAAGGAGAAGAAGCGACAAUAGUUAUUGUAUCCUUAGUUCGAAAUACGACAAGUGGCAGCCAUGGAAAUAUCGGGUUUCUAAAAUCGCCAAACAGAACAAAUGUCCUCUUAUCUCGUGCCAAACAUGGAAUGUUCAUGUUAGGUAAUGCGGAAUUGUUAUCUGAACGUUCAGAUAUGUGGAAGUCUGUAAUUGGUUUAAUGCGUAAAAGAGGUCAAGUUGGAGAAACAUUCCCAAUCUUAUGUGAAUCACAUCCAGACAUUAUAAACUAUAUCGAAAGUCCUGAGGAAUUCCAGAAAAGUUCACCUGAUGGCGGUUGCAAUUCACCUUGCCGUCGUCUUAUGCCUUGUGGACACAUUUGUUCUUAUAAAUGUCAUCCUGAUGAUCCGGAUCAUAUUGGAGCGGCAAAAUCUUGUAAACGUCCAUGUUUAAGAUUACACGAUUGUAAUCACGUUUGCCCAUUACCGUGUGGAGAUCCAUGCGGCGAAUGCCAAAUCAUUGUAGAAGAUAUCUUAUUGUCUUGCGGACACUAUUUUACCUCACCGAAAUGUUAUCAGUCACAGGAUCCCAAAUCUAUCAUGUGUUAUACCAUGGUAACUCGUAUUUUACCAACUUGUGGUCAUGAGCUCAAUGUACGUUGUAGUUCAUCUAUUGAUUCAUUACGUUGUGACCAUGAAUGUGGAAUCAUAUUGGAAGGCUGUGGACAUUCAUGCAAAAAUAAGUGUUGUGAGUGUCAAAAGAGGUCAAUUGCAGCAAACAACAAGGAGCCGAAAAUUGACCAACAAGGCCAUAUCGUGAGAACUAAUCACCUGAAAUGUAUACAACGAUGUGGACGAAUUCUUUAUUGUGGUCAUGCUUGCGCAGCAUCGUGUCAUAAGGGAGCGUGUCCACCUUGUAAAGAAAAUUGCUCGGUCGAAUGUCACCACUCAAAAUGCACGAUGAAGUGCAGUGAACCAUGUAUUACAUGUGCCGAACAAUGUAAUUGGAUUUGUGAACAUCAAGGUGGUUGUGCGCUUUCUUGCAGUGCUCCGUGUAGUCGCUUGCCUUGUGAUUUACAGUGUCAAAAGUUAUUAUCAUGUGGGCAUCGUUGUGUUAGUGUCUGUGGCGAAGAAUGUCCUCCACAAAAAUAUUGUGUAUUAUGUGCGAGUGACGAAAUUAAAUCGCAAGUUGUCGAUAUUUAUUUGCAAGAAUCUUUUGAGGAGGUGGACUGGAAAGUACAUAGAUUGAUUGUAUUGGAAUGUGGUCAUUGUUUCACUAUGGAAUCAAUGGAUUCACUUAUGGAACUUGACAAAUAUUACGUCAUACGUGAAACAACAUGGAUUGGAUUAAAGAUUCCUCCAGAAGAAAUGUCAAAGGUUAAAUGUUGUCCCAACUGCAGACAUCCAAUUAACAGUAUUCGUCGUUAUGGACGUGUAAGUAAGAAAAUAACGCUAGAUGCGGCAAAAAUGAAAUUCCUACAAAAAUAUACAAGAUCAUUAAAAAAUACACGAGAUUCAUUAGAAAAAACAGUUAAGGAAUUAGAAAAUAAAAGGGACCAAUUCAUUGAAAAGAUUGUAAAGUCCGCAAAAGAAAAAUCAAUAGGAAAAGAUUAUUAUAAAUCUCAAGCAUUGAAUACCAAAGUUCCUGAACUUACGCCGGUGCAGCAAUUCGCAGAGAUUGUGCAACAUGAUAUUUCCAAGGUCCAUGAAACACUUUGGGCAAAUCAUGUUUUUCGCUUGAUUGGCUGUUAUCGAGAGAUAUUCUUAAUCAUGACGGGCACCAAGGAUCCUCCAUACAAACGUGCAUUCGAUGCAGCCGUUGUAAAUUUGUAUCAUUUAAGAUCAGCUGCGGAAACAGAGAUCGAUGUAUUGAAACUUGCCGAACAAAUGGAGACCCUUAGUUUGUCUGGAAAGAGUUCAAUGCAUCAAUUAACUCUACAAAGGGAAUGUCUUCAACAAGUUGGUAUUCCUUUGCCCGUUGUUAGUUAUGGAAUCUAUGUCAAAGCAUUUUUUGAGGUCGUGCAUAUUCAAAAAGUAAUGUUCAUGGAAGCCAAACAUGUUGUUCAUGCUUUGGAUUUGACAUUACAUGAAAACAUUAAUCAAUUCUAUUUACAAUCAGUUCGUGAUACAACCACGCUGCAAUCUAUCAGUAUUCGUAACUCUUGGAUCAAGUUUACAAGAUUUAUUUUAGAAACGACAGUUGAACAUCUUAAAAUUAUUUGUGAAGUUGCAAAAGAAACCAAAUAUUAUAGAGAUUACGCUUUUGCUUUAUUAGAGUUAAGUGAAAUUCAAUGUCAUCAUGGAGGUUUCAUCCUAAGUUAUGAAAUUAUAGAUUCUAAUAAAUCAGCUUCAGACCAAGCGACAAGGAUAAAGAAAUCUGUUUCGAGACUUUGUGAAGAUGUUCAACAGUCACUUAUAAGUUUACAGAGUUUAAUUGGAUUAAUUGAUGGGGAGUAUAUCCAAAAACAGUUUAUUUCACGAAUGCAACAGAUAUCUAAGGAUGUUAAUGAAUUGGAAAAUUGCAGAGGUAAAGCUAUUUUGAGAUCUGAAAAGUUAGAAAUCUUCAGAGCGAUGAACAUUGAACUUCAAGGUUCAGGUCAUUGGUAUCAAUGUCCAAACGGUCAUACAUAUGCGAUUGCAAACUGUGGAUUAGCAAAUCAAGCAAGUCAUUGUCCAGAAUGUGGAGCUAAUGUAGGAGGAAUUAAUUAUAAUUUAUCAGCUGGAAAUACUAGAAGUAAUGAAUAUGAAAAUUUAUAUCAAUACAACCAAUAA